AUGUACGAGUACGAGACGCACGUCCAAGCAGCGGUUGUGUGUGCCAAGAAGCUCCAGCUUCACUUGCGGCUACGUAGCGGCGGUCACGACUAUGAAGGGCUCUCGUUCGUCGCCGAGAACGUAACUCCGUUUGUGAUCAUCGAUCUGUCGAAGCUUAGACAGGUCGACGUCGAUUUGGACAGUAACAGCGCGUGGGCUCACGCUGGUGCUACCAUCGGAGAGGUUUAUUACAGCCUUGGCAUGGGCGGCCACUUAGUCGGCGGAGCCUACGGUUCCAUGAUGCGUAAAUUCGGUCUCGGCGCUGACAAUGUUCUCGACGCGAGAAUCGUCGACGCCGACGGACAGAUCCUUGAUCGCGCGGCGAUGGGAGAAGACGUCUUCUGGGCGAUUCGUGGCGGUGGAGGCGGGGGCUUCGGGGUGAUUCUCGCCUGGAAGAUCAAGCUCGUUCUGGUUACGGCUACCGUGACGGUAUUCACAGUCACGAAGAUGCUUGAGCAAGACGGGACCAGAGUUUUGUACAAAACUACAAAUGGCAACAAGUCGCGGACAAACUCGACGAAGAAGUCUUCAUUCGCGUGA